AUGUUGAGCUUGAGCACCUUAUUGUUGUCAGUGUUUACAGACCCCCAAGUUCAAGAAAACGAAGGUAUAGGAUGCAGAUGGCUUACGACAGUAAUUUAUGGUAUUAUUAGGAGGAAAGCUAUACUCAGCAGUGGACUUGUAAUGAACUGUAAUUUUUUCCUAAUAAUUAUAAAUAAAACUUGUAAAGGUUACAAACGAAUUGUUGCAAUGAUUGUUAAACUAGAAUUAAUCCUGUAUAUUAAGAUAUCAGUACGUUCCCAUACAAUUUUACAAUAUCAAAUUUUAAUCGUAUAUGUCGCAGCCAACUAG